AUGACAGAAAUUCGUCAAGGAGAUGAAAAUGCAUCAUAUUUCUCAGCCAAUCUGAGAACAUCAAAUGAGUCGACGUUUUCGAGCGACAUCUUCAACGAUAUAGAUAACAAAAUGAGCGAAGAGCUCUGUUUGGAGAUAAGAGAUCAUGGUAGCAAACGAUCUCAGCGCAGUAUUAGUCCCUAUGUAAAUCCAGCUGGUGAUGGAGAAAGCCAAAGUAAAUGGAUUUUGUCCGAACGAGACAUCUCUUUUCUCUGUUCACAAACUGGUUUGACACCUGAUGAAAUUCGCACCUGGCACGAGAAAUUUUUUUACGAUAAUCCUGACGGUCGUUUGGAUAAAACCGAAUUUCGUCGAUUAUUUCGUCUUCUUCGUCAGGAACCUCCUGAACGCUUAGAAAAUAUCUGUGAUCAUGUUUUUCGUGCAUUUGAUGUUGAUGGCAACGGUUAUGUCGAAUUUGGAGAAUUCCUUCUUGGUUUUGCUAUAUGUUCACGUGGUGAUCUUCGAUCACGCUUAGAUUAUGCAUUUGAAUGUUAUGAUUUAGAUUCAAAUGGGUACAUUACUGAAGAUGAAAUCGAACCAGUCUUGCGAGGAAUGUAUACGCUAUUAGGAAUCAAACAUGUUCAAGAUUAUCCUCCAGAUGCUGUAGCCAAAGAAUUGAUGAAAAAACUAGACACAAGCAGAGAUGGACGUGUAACUAAAGACGAAUUUAUUCAUUUUCUAAUGAAAGAAGGCAUAUAUAGGAAUACGGUCAAUCCGUUUCAUUGA